AGUGGCAAACACGGUGGUGCUCAUGGCCGACACGACAGGAGGGAUUACUACCAGUCGGAUUACAGCGAUUAUUCGGCCAGCAGCACCAGGUCAGACAAUUACAAAGGCGCCCACAAGUCCGUGCGAUUCACCGAGCCGGCGGCCGCCCAGCCGGCCUCUGCGCAGCCGGCGGCACUGCUGGAGCUCGACAAGAAGCUCUCGGGCAUGCAGAAGGAUUUCGCCCAGCAGCUCCAGGGCAUCAGCGAAAAGGAGACCGAGAAGUUCGAUCUAAUUUUUGCUAUACUGACGGAUCUGCAGUCGGGCCAGGCGCAGCUGGAGGAGUCCAUCAGGGACAUCAAGAAGCAUGUCAGUGGUGUUCAGAACAUGCCGCUGAACCAUGGCCAUUUCAACGCAAGCAGCAGUGGCGGCCCUUUCCAGUAUGGUCAGAUGGACGGUGUGAUGGGCCCGCAAAUGGGUCCAGAGAUGGGCGGCCAGCAGAUCGUCGUCCAGCCCGAUGGGAGCCAGGCCGUUUUCAUGCCGAUGCCUCAGGUGAUGGUCAUGCAGUCUCCCACUGGUGGCAUGAUGCAGUCUCCCACGGGUGGCAUGAUAAUGCAGCCCAUGCAGCCGAUGCAGCAGCAGAUGGUGCAGUUUGUCGGCCAGGGCCCCGUCGGCCAGGAGAUGGGCGCCGCCUUCGGGAGCUGCGAGGCCGCGACCGGGGAGCAGUGUGUGGACGGCAGCGAUGGGAAGAUGCCUGAUACCGGCAAGCACGAGGGAAGCGACGCUGACUCGAUCGAGACCCCGACGACUGGCAUCUCGGAGUGAGGUGGCCUCCCAGAAGCGGCAGGGCAUCUUUGGAUGCAGAGACUCGGCCACCCCAGCAAAGGUGGAGGCGCUUUCCUCGUGGGGGUGUCAAUGCCCUCCCUUUGGUGGAGCGGCCAAGAUUUUGGCAUUCCAAACCGUGCUCACUCGUAUUACCUCCACCAUCUGGGCCUCGGAGGGGAGUGGGCGGGCUGCGCGAGGUUUUUGUGCCAUCGAUCGAGCCUGCCGCGCGACCGGGCCUCGGCCGUUCCGAUUGCCAGGCUCGUCGACGCUGCGAUGGCGAGCGCGUGAUCGGGCGGCGAAGCGUGGCGUGCGGCUGCCAUCUGCGAGACACUGGAUGAAUGGCAGAACACAGGGUCUCCGUCUGGGAGCCUUCAUCUGGGUGUGCAGCAGGUGCGUGCAAAUAGAAAGCUGGCCGGCCAGCACGUACCC